UUAACUGACUAAACCACCAAGAUGCCCCAAAAGGGAUAAAGGUUUUAAAAAGAUUUCUCUUCACACUCUGUCUAGCUGAUCUUAUGCAAAUUCAUGCCUUGAUUAAGUUAUCACAAUUUUACUUAUCAUCUUUGUGACAACUCCUUCCUACCCUACAACUGCAUGCCUGUCCCAUAAAUUCCAAGUAAAUUUGUCUCCAUAUACAAAGCCUAAGAUUCUUCUGUUGAAAAACAAAACAAAACAAACCCAAACAAACCAAAGAACAAACAGGAAAAAGGGAAAAGAAGAAAUGUUAUGCUCUCAAUAGUAAUGUAAUAGGAUGGCUUUGGGCAGAAAGCAAGGAAAUGUGGGUCUCGUGGGUAGGGCUAGAUGAGAACAAGGAACUAUAACCUAGACUCGAGUAGAACUGGUUUUAGGUGCUAGGGUUUGAAAUGGCAGGAGGUGGGUGGUUACUGUGUUUGUUAAUGAACUAGGGUUCUCGUUAACCCAUGUGAGACUCACUGACCCAUUCCUAGUGCUGGUGUAAGGCUUUCCCAAACAGCCAUUAGAAACUGGUUUGAAUAGACCUAGUUAUAGGAGACAAAAAGUUGGGGAACUUGUAACUCCAAAGUUGGAACUUUGGAACUUCCAACUUGGAACUCCAAAAAACAGUGGAACUUGGGAGUAAUACCAAACUUAAACCAGGCAACCUUAUGAGUCUGGGGCAGUGAACCUUCAAUCCCCUGGCCAUGGCAGAGAGAUCUGGGGUGAUGAAUCCUGAUGAGAAUGUGCCUCUUGUGGCUUCUAAUCCUUCACUCCCUCUCUGCAACAGAAGUGUGUAGCCCAGGUACUUUGCCCCAUGACUUUGCAAGGCCCACUACAAGCAGAGUAUACGUCCCACUCUGUUGACUUUGGGGUUUGGCCCUAUUUUGACUGAUAGAAUAUAUGGAAGGGACAGUGUGCUAGUCUAAGCUGAGGCUCCAAGAGAUGUCCUAUCAUGGAUUUUCACCAGCACUCCUAAACCUCUUUCUUCUGAAAUGAGAAGAGUAUACUCCAGGGAUCAUUGCUGCUUCAGCCUGGGUUCUAGAAUGAAGACAAGUAGAGAAGACCUGAAUCCAACUCACGUCUUGAAGCCAAGUCCAGCUGGACUGCAGAACAGUGAGCAAAAGCAAUGUAUAUUUGCUGUUGUAAUCAACUGACAAUUUGGGAUUGUUAUAGAUCAUAAUCACAGCAAGAAAUAGCUAAUUAAUACAGAUGCUAAGCCUCGGGAGGAUCUCAAAUAUAUAAUUAUAUGCUUGAAAUUAUUGGUAGCUCUCCAUUAUCCUCAAGAUGAAAUGAUAUGGAGCACAGGCUUUUGUCUACCUACCAGGCCUACAUGUACUUUUUUCACUUGCUCAGCUCACUUAAACUCAGCUGCACUGAACUACUUGCUUCCUAAAAGCACCAUGUCAUUUCCUACCUCUUUGCCUUUGUCAUCUGAUUGCUUUUGCCUGAAAUGUCCUUCCCUUCUUCUAUUCCCCAAUUUGGACCAUAACCCACUUCCUUAGAUACUAUUCAUUUUCUGGUCUUAUCUAUGCUGGUGAAUUCCCUGGGAAGACUAGGCUGGGUUAGAUACCUUUCUUUUCCCUCCCUGCAACAGAAAUGUGCAGAAAAGAGGAUGAAAACCAUUUUUCUCUUUUUCAUUAGGUAGAGACCCUUGAGAGAAGGGAUUUUAUCUGGUUCAUCUCUGUGUAUUCUGGGCCGGCAUAGUGCCUGCCUCAGUGAGUGCUCAGAAAGUAUCUUCUGAAUCCAUUCUAAGGAUGAAAUUCAUCUCACGUUUGGAGAGGAUAAGUUAGGAAGUGACGCAGCCAUGGCCAGAAUCCACAUGUUCCCAACUCCAAGUCCUUUGUUUUCUCGCUGGCGCCAGCCUGCCUUACGGAAUAUUACCUACACUUCUUUAGUGGAGCAUAGCAACAUUAGUUGUAGGCAAAUUGAUUUUUAACAUUAGCCUAAAUUAAGCAUCAUAGGGAAGAUAAGUCUCGUGAUUUGCUGCACACCAAGAAAUAUAUUCUAAAGUCACAUAGAAAUGAGUUUCACCUGAUCUACAUUCAGAUCACAUUCUUUUUCACUAAUGUGAGUAAUCAAAGACCACUUGUGUCUCUGGAGAGGCACCCUAGAACUGGGGAGACCUGAGUGAUCAUAUAUUCACUCCUUUGGGUGUUCAGAUGAAAGAGUCUAGAAAGAUCCAAAGAGGUUUCACAACUUCACCAAGGUACCCAGUUUCAAAGCAACGUUCAAGAAAUCAAAUAUCCCAAUUCCUAGUCCAAUGCUAUUUUUUGGUACACUUAGGCAAAUAUUUAGUCUUCUUUGGUUUCUAUUCUGGCAUUUAUCACUGGGUAUCAUGUCAGUCCCAUAGCUGACCUCCUUCCCUGAAGUGACCGGAGACUAGCCUGGAUAACGUGUCAUUUUCUUUCUCUCUCUGUGGUUUUACAGUAUUGUAUGAGAUGCCCUUCUGUGGGAAAGGGGAGGAGCAAGCAGACACAGGGAGGGUGUAUGCUCAGGUUCAGCUCUUCCUAGAAUGAGCCUGGGCCAUGUUCUCAGUGCUGGGCAACCUCAUUCUCAGUGUUGGUGGGGAGAGAAACAGAGGAAAUGGAAACUGUGUGAAAACUGGGCUUCCAUAGUAUUGUCUAAGACCAGGCCCUGUGUUCAGAGACUCCAACCAUUUUGAAAAAGUUCAUGGGAUACCAUGGCAAGAAAUGAAGUAGAGGUUGGUCAGAGGCAGCCUCCAGGCUUUAAACUAGUUUUAUUUAUCUCCACCCCAGCUCCUGGUAUAUUGACAUAUACUCUGACGGUUAUAGACAAACUGCAGGGUAUUCAAAGGAGAAUACCAGGCUGUUGAAGAUACUUUAUAUCAUGGACAGGAAGGAACAGCUAGAAAACAUGGGGAGUGUAGACUGAAGGAAAAGAUACUGGGGGUGUUUGAUCAUAUUCGAAUAUCUGUCAGGGCAGAGCUGGCUUAUAAGAAGGCAGCUGGAUUCUCAGGUCUACUUACACAUUCUGUCUCUGCAAUAUGCUGGUUUGGUUAAAAAAUAUAAGAAAACACUGGCCUUUAUGCAGAUAUAUAGUUCGAACGAGAUGUUAGUUGCAAUAUGGAAUCUGAAAUCAUAUUAAUAAACUUUUUAUACUCUGUUGAAUCCAUUGGUUUAGUUUGCAUUUUGGAUGAAACUUUCAUCCAGGCAUGGUUUUGUAACAUCAUCCAUUGGUCAUUUGGUUCACUGAUUUAGGCAACUUCCAUAUGUUAACGCAUUUUAUUAUAGAGUAUGAAACUAUCAUAGUUGUUAUAUCACCAUCAGUAGCUUUAAAUCAGAUAAGAAUUUAAAGGUUGAGGGGCUCAUGGUGGCAGAUACAAGAUUUCCUAAACUCUACCUUUGGCUAGAAAGCUUGGAUUUUUAUCAUUAGCAACAACUUUCAGUUGUUUUUCUUGAUGUGACAGGCUCAGUUCAUUCAUUUUCAAUAUGCCUGCCAAAUUCUCAAGUCUGAAUAACUAUAGUUUAUCUGUCAGUUAUUUUUUCAAGCAAAAGUGAUGUUUCAGGGAAAAAGUGGCUAGUUCAGCUUGCAAUUCAACCAAUUGUACAAAUGUUUUCCCUUGAGAUAACUAUCAUAAUUUAGAAUGCCACAAAAGUAUUUUAUGUGUACAUAAAACUUUGUGUACCCUUUUUUGUCACAGAAUACCAAAAUGACACAUAUGCAAGAGGUGAGAUUUAAUACAAUUAAUAGUUUUUACUGCUUUGUCAAUGUUAUAGACUGAAUUGCGUGCUCCCCUCAAUUUAUAUAUUGAAGUCCUCUCUCCCAGUACCUCAGAAGAAUGUGACUGUAUCUAGAGAUAGGAUUUUUAAAGAUAUGAUUAAGUUAAAGUGAGGCCGUUUGGAUUGGAUUAGGAUGAGUCUUAGGGUGGACCCUAAUCCAGUCUAACUGGCAUUCUUAUAAGAAGAGGAAAUUUGGACACACAAAAGGAAGGGAGAGCAGGGCUAUGAAUACACAGAGGAAAGACCCUGUGAGAAGGUGGCCAUAUACAAGCCAAAGGAAGAGGCCUCAGGGAUCAGCUCUGUAGGCACCUUGAUCUUGGACUUUCAGCUUCUGAACUAUGAGAAAAUAGAUUUCUGUUUUGUAAACUAUGUAUGUGGUAUUUUAUUAUGGCAGCCUUGGCAAACUAAUAGUCAAUAAUACUUUAAAGCAACACUGAAUUCCCCGCCCCCCCCCUGCAAAUACAUGGAGGUAGAGAACACAAUGACUACUAACACAGAAUUGAUGCCCCUAUCUUGAUCCAUGCCAAGGCGCUAGCAGCAUCACCUAUCAUUGCUUUUGCACUAUUAGUGCAAAUAGCAACACAAUGAAAAGGGCAAGGAAUGUUUGGUAUUAUUGUGAAAAUAGUUCUGACCUCACGGACUCCUUGCAAAGGUCUUGGGGACUCUAUAGGUCCAUGGUCUGCCUGUACUUUGGGAGCUACUUACUGUUUUACAUCUAUAUUUGUGCUGCCAAAGCUGCAGUGGCAACUGGAAGGCCCAAACUUUCUCUAUGGCUCCCGCACUCUCAACUUGUUUGCUAGUGAUUAGCAGAUCAAUUGUAGCAGAUGCUUUGAUUGAUCAAUGAAUCUGACCAUCAGAAUGAUGAUCAGAAGCCUAGAGCAGCAGCCUCUAGUUCUGUAAAAAUUAUAAAUAUGACUCAGAUUCUUUGGUUGGAUUCUCUAGAGUCAAGGACCAUGGAUAUGCAAGUGAUUUGCCACUGGUUUCUUUUUUUGGGAUGGUACACUGGGGAUCAGAUGCUGGAUCCAGGAUAAUUGUGCUUUGGUGACAGAGAAAGAGCUCAGUGAAGUGAUAGAGUCUGACUACAUUGUCUUCAGUACCCAUUCAACAUUUCUGUGGCAGUGCUUCAGACUUUCCAUUAAAAAUAAUGUUUACUUAUUUAAUUAGUUUAUUUAUUGAUUAAUUGAUUUAUAGCAUUUGAGAGAGGGGAGGGGCAGAAGGAAAGGGAGAGAAAUCAUCUCAAGCAAAGUCCACCCUGAAUGUGGAGCCCAACACAGGGCUUGAUUUCAUGACCCUGAGAUUAUGACCUGAAUCAAAAUCAAGAGUUGGUUGCUGAACUGACUGAGUCACCCAGGUGCCCCCAAGGCAAUUCAUUCUUAAACAUUUCAGCAUGCAUUUAAAAAAACAAAAAACAAAAAUAUUUUCCUGCAUAAGUAUAAUACCACUUCCCACCUAAUAAAGUUAACAAUUCCCUAAAAUCAUUUAAUAGCCAGUCCACCAUCAAAUUUUCCUAAUUCUUCCCCAGAUGUCUUGUACAGAUGGUUUUUAAAAACAGGAAUCCCAUUAAAGAUUAUGCAUUUCAUUUGGUGCUAAAUGUUUUAUGUUUCUUUAACAUGUGUUUGUCCUCCUUCCACUGCUUUCCCUCCAGUGUAUGUCUUUUUCUUCCCAUAACACUGAUUAUCAAAGGGACGCAUCCUGUUGUCCUGUAGAAUAUCUCACUUUCUGGAUUAGUCUCAUUGUUUCUUUGUGGAAUCCUGUAUUUUGUACUUCUAGCUCCCUCAUCUUUUUUUAAACUUAAAGGUUGGAUUAGGUUUAUUUACUCAUUUGGGGCAGGAAUACUGUAUGGUGAUGCUGUGUCUUGUGUACUACAUCAUGUUAAGAUGGACAUGAUGACUCAAUGAGGCUAAAAUUGAUCCCUAGGAUAAGAUGGUGACAGAAAAAAUAUCUACCUUUUGUAAAGUUACACAUUCCCAUUGCGACCGGCAGGUAAUCUGAAAUUUUUAAAGUGUUUUAGAUGUUUUUUUUUUGGCUUGAUAUAUUUUUUUCUGCAUGAUUUCUUACAUGAAGCGGGAGGCUUAUCUUAUUUCUUCUUUCUGUGGCUGUGAGUGCCUCCAGUCUGCUAUACCAGAAAGAAAUGUUAAAACUCAACACUCUAUGCCGAAAAAUUUGUAUCUAUAAGAAUUUGCUCUUUUAGAAAAUAAGCAAAAGUGAGAAUUUCAUUUAAGUGUUAUCUGUGAAUUGUUUAUAUUCCCUGAAAAUGGGCUCUUCUGAUUUUAUUUUGAUUGAGUUGAUGUAUUCUACCCUUUAAGUCAUAAGCCUUGUUAUUUUGCACAACCUGGAAGGAAGUCUGGGUAUAAUUUUAUUCUCCUCUGCGUUGCUUUUGCUCUUCUAGAAAUAAAAAGAGAAAUUGGACUUGGUGUGCUAGCUGGUGAUUGUAAUCCCAGGAUGAAGAGAUUAAUCCCUAUGCUCUUGGAUCAAACAUAUGCAGGGUCAAGAGAAAAGUGAAGGAGAGUCCAGGACUCGUAAGCUCUCAGAUCUAUGGUAUUAACAUUGACUGAUCCUCUGAAGUGAACAGAAGUAUUGCCUGGUUCCCGGGAAAUAUCUUUCAAAAACACACAGUUUAGGUGAGUAGGGAUAAAUUGUGUCUUUGCUUGGUGAUGAGGAAACUGCUUGGUGGCAUUCUGUCACAGAAGGAGAUUCCUUGACUCUGAAAUAAUAUUCCUGAUUGUGCUAGAUCUUUCACUAUCUUCAAAGACCAGCUCAGGAUUCAUCUCCAAGAUCAUUUCCCAGCUAACUCUACCUGCAAAAUUUCCCCUGCCACCAUCUGUUUACUUACUUGUGACUUUCUGAUAAUUCAGAUUUUAUUUAUGAAAAGUCCAUAUUCUCCAUCACAUCCCUUGGCCAUUUGUCCAGGACGGCCUGCUAGCAACCUCCUAGCCACCCCUACUCCCUCAUUCCACAGUUUGUCAUUUGAACAAGACACAUGAACUGUUAGGAUUUGGAGAUUUGGUGUCAGAGGUUCAUCUCAUGGAUCUGCUUCUGGUUCUUUAAAAAAAAAAAGACUCUAUAAGCAUGUCAUAUUCCAAGGAAGAGAAAUUCAAUUCAUAACAAUCACUUUCCAAGCACUUGUUUUAUUUUGUACUAGGCAUCGAACUCUUUGAAGGGAGAAAUUUUGUAAAUCAGCCAGACACAGGUUCACCUGGGUUCAUCAUUUACAAGUGUGAGACCCAGCAGCCAGGCUCACAGCCAUUGUUACUUCUGUUCUCUGUACUUCUUCCACGGUAUUUUACACUGCACAAGGAUAUUUAAUAAAUGUUAUUAAAAUAUGUGGUUGGGGUUAUUUAUCACUGAUAACUUUGGUGAUUCGUGCCCACAUUCUGCAAUGAUUGUAGUAGGGGAUAUGGAGUAAAUCUCCAAAGAAAGGAGUCGGGGCUCGGCGACGCGCGGGGGGUGGUCACGCCAGCGCCCCUCGCCGCCCGGCCGGGCCCCUCGGAUGCCUCGCUUCUGCGCGGCGAUUUGCUGUAGGAACCAUCGGGGACGAAAGCUGAGUUGUUACCCGUUUCCUCUACAUGGCAAAGAAAGACUUGAAAAAUGGUUAAAGAAUAUGAAACGAGAUUCAUGGGUACCCAGGAAAUACCAGUUCCUGUGUAGUGACCAUUUUACUCCUGACUCUCUUGACAUCAGAUGGGGUAUUCGAUAUUUGAAACAAACUGCAAUUCCAACAAUAUUUUCUUUGCCUGAAGACGAUCAGGACAAAGACCCUUCCAAAAAAAAAAAUCUCAGAAGAAAAAAAUUAGAUGAUGAGAAAGAAGUGUGCCUAAAAGCCAAGUCACAAGAAUCAUUUGCUUCAAAUGAGUUAAAGAAAAAUACGGUUAAUACAAAUAUCCUCCCUGAACACACAGAAUUACGUAAUUCAUCUACUUUGGUGAAGCCACCAGCUGCCAAACCAGAAUGUAUACAAAAUAACAUAUUAAAUCUUAAUCUGCUUAAACAAGAUAUUGGAAUACCAGUAUCUACCUUGGAAACUUCAGUUACCCAAGACAUAGAUAUAGGUGGUUUUCACACAUUUUUUGAGAAUCUAAAUUCUACAACUAUUACCUUGACAACUUCAAACUCUGAAGAUGUUCAGCCGUUUUUGGAAACCCAAGAAGUGUUUGAAAUAACUGCGAAUCAUCUUGCUAACCCAAACUUUACAAAUAAUUCCAUGGAAAUUAAGUCUGCACAGGAAAGUCCAUUUUUACUCAGCACAAUUACUCAAACAGUCGAAGAGUUAAAUACAAAUAAAGAAUCUGUUAUUGCCAUUUUUGUACCCACAGAAAAUUCCAAACCAAUUAAUUCUUUUGUAUCUGCUGAAAAAGAAACUGUGGAAAUGGAAGAUCUAGACAUUGAAGACUCCUUAUAUAAGGAUGUAGACUAUGAGACAGAAGUUUUACAAAUUGAACAUUCUUACUGCAGACAAGAUAUAAAUAAGGAACAUCUUUGGCAGAAAGUUUCUAAACUACAUUCAAAGAUAACUCUUCUCCAGCUACAAGAACAACAAACUCUUGGAAGAUUGAAGUCUUUGGAAGCUCUUAUAAGUCAGCUAAAACAAGAAAACUGGCUAUCUGAAGAAAAUGUCAAGAUUAUAGAAAAUCAUUUCACAACAUAUGAAGUUACCAUGAUAUAGAGUGUAAAGAGUUUAGCACUAUGACUUUUAUAUAAGCUUUUUGUAGCCAAACUAAAUUAUAUGUAACUUUUUCUGGUAUAAAGUUCUCAUCUUAAGCUAAGAAAAUGUUCUAAUGUUAAAAACUGCAUCCCAUUCUUGUAGUGUUCAUUAUUAAGAAAAACAAGAGAGUUGUUGGACUGUAGGGAAGAAGUUUCGCCACUUGGUAAUCUUCUAAAUUAAAGUUAAAAUAGAGUGAAUAAAUAAUAUGACUCAUAAAAUGGGAGAACAUGGAGAUGGUGAAAGGAGCCCAGAAGAGAAAUCAGGCUUGGAUAUCAGUGCCAGUUCUACCUUUGGCAUGUGAUUGGGGCGAAUUACUUUGGAGCCUCAGUCUGUAAUCUGUACAAUUAGGGCACUUACAAAAUCUAGUCUGUUUAUAGUUCCUUUCCUUUCUAUUAAGAUACUUUUUUAAUAGAACAACUUUUUGGUAAGGUAAUACAUGCUUACAUAAUACUAGAUGUUGGAAAAAAAAAUACUAGAUGUUGGCUAGUAUUUGAUGUUAUUUGCUAUUGGAUUAUCCUCAGAAUUGAAUUCUGUGGUAUUUGACUUGUUGACUAUAGUUAUUUGUAAUAAUAGUACUCCUUUUAUAAUUUUAUUCCACUUGAGUGAUAAUAACCAUUAGUCCGGUUCAUAGGAGAGGUACUUUAAACUUAAAAGAAUAUGUAUUUCAAUACCCUAUAUGUAGCUGACUAUCAUAAUACAUAGUCAGGUAAUCUCCUUAACAUUCUAUAU